UUCUUCUUGUAUCUUCUCCUCCACCACCAUCAACAAGACGAGUCUGUUCUGUUGAGCCAUGGAGGUUGCAACCGCUGCUUCAACUACCUUCGCUCUGAACAAGCCUAUGCUAGCGUUGCCGUCUUCCUCACGAGCCAUAUCAACACCUACCCGAGCCAUUAAAUCCUCAGCCUCCGUCAGGACCACUCUCGCCACCGACUUCGUCGUUCAUUCCGCUCCAAUUAGCAGCUCCUCUUCCCUUUUCUCCGGCCACAAGCUCCGACCUUCAUGCCUCAAUCCGGCGUCGUUUCGUGGUUCUGGUAAAAGAGGCGUUGUCACCAUGGUAAUUCCUUUUUCAAGAGGAAGUGCAUGGGAGCAGCCUCCACCGGACUUGGCUUCUUACUUGUACAAAAAUCGAAUUGUUUACUUGGGCAUGUCUCUUGUUCCAUCUGUCACAGAGUUGAUACUAGCUGAGUUUCUCUACCUUCAAUACGAGGAUGAUCAAAAACCUAUUUACCUAUACAUUAACUCCACUGGGACAACUAAAGGAGGUGAGAAGUUGGGUUAUGAGACUGAAGCAUUUGCAAUUUAUGAUGUCAUGAGGUAUGUCAAGCCUCCUAUUUUCACUCUCUGUGUUGGUAAUGCUUGGGGAGAGGCAGCCUUACUUUUGGCUUCUGGUGCAAAGGGUAAUCGUUCGGCUUUGCCAUCAUCGACAAUAAUGAUGAGACAGCCAAUUGCAAGGUUUCAAGGUCAAGCGACAGAUGUUAAUCUUGCAAGGAGAGAAGUCAAUAAUGUGAAGACAGAAUUGGUUAAAUUGUAUGCAAAGCAUAUUGAAAAAUCACCUGAGCAGAUUGAAGCUGAUAUUCAGCGGCCGAAGUAUUUUAGCCCUAGUGAAGCUGUUGAGUAUGGAAUCAUAGAUAAGGUAUUAUACAAUGAGCGAGGCACUGCAGAUCAUGGAGUUGUUUCUGACCUGAAAAGGGCACAACUUAUUUAACCAUCGGGAAUUUCGCUCACUAUUCUCUUGGAGUUUUCAGAAAAUUGCGUGCAAACGUAGUUUAGAUCAAGCCAAGAUGAAGGAUCUUGAAGAUCAGCAAUCAAACUGGAAAUCGGUGCAGCAACUAAUAGUACAUUAGAAUUUGAGUGUCAAUACCAUAGAUUCAUUACAUUGCCCUCCCUAACAAUAGGCAGUAGUAUCUACUCCUACGCGUCCUGUAAUAUGCUGUGUACAUGAUUGUAUUCUGCUUCAUUCAAAUUUAGUCACUAUUAAUUGCUGUCUCAGUAUAAGAACGAAACUCAAUUACCAUUGAUGGCAAUGUUCAGCCAAAGUUGAGAAACAUGCUUUUACAAAUUUCAAACAUCCAAGAAGUGUUGUGAAAUGAAAUGAGUAUAAUAUUCAAAUA